CUUUUUUGUACUUCGCUGCGUCCCCUUUAAGUGGUGUUGGGUGUAGGCUGUGAAACUCAAAGUGAAGCUAAAGAGUCAAACUGUAGGUAAACAGAAAGCUUCUUUGAAGAAAAGUAGCCCUGAACGGUGAAUUGAGACGGUUACGGUACAAACAGGUUCGCGAGGCUGGAGGGCUGGAUGUGGUCGUCAUGGUGAAGGAUGUUCCGGAAAGUCAAAAAGCGCCACAGCAGCAGCAGCUCGCAAAGCAGUGAGAUCAGCACCAAAAGCAAAUCUGUGGACUCAAGUUUGGGAGGGCUCUCCAGAUCCAGCACCGUCGCCAGCCUUGACACAGACUCCACCAAGAGCUCAGGUAACAGCACGUCUGAAACAUGUGCUGAGUUCCGGGUGAAGUAUGUGGGAGCCAUUGAGAAGUUACAGUUUGACAUGAGCAAGACCCUCCAGGAGCCUCUGGACCUCAUCAACUAUAUUGAUGCUGCUCAGCAAGAUGGAAAGCUGCCCUUCGUGCCUGGAGACGAAGAGAUGAUUCUGGGAGUGUCAAAGCACGGAGUCAAAGUGGCCUCAAUGGACCAGUGUGAUGUACUGCAUCGCCACCCGCUGUACCUAAUAGUGCGUAUGCUGUGUUACGAUGACGGCCUGGGCGCAGGGAAGAAUCUCCUGGCUCUCAAAACCACCGAUGCAAAGCAAAAGGAGUGCAGCAUCUGGGUGUACCAGUGCAGCAGCUCAGAGCAGGCUCAGUCCAUCUGCAAGGUGCUGUCGGCUUCUUUUGACUGCGCUCUGACAUCAGACAAGUCCUGAAGCCGGAGAGAUGGGAUGGGAGCUGAGAUCUGUCUAGAAGAGAAAUUAAACAACUGCACAACCGGCAACAGUAAAUCAGGAGACAACCAUGACUGCAUUGCGAUUGCCAAAAAAUUGCAACCAUUUCCUUGUUUUUGCCCCAACUUUGCUUUGUUUCUUUUAAGAGAGAUUAACUGGAGGACAAAUCCUGUGUGUUUUCCAUGUUAGUUUGCAGGAAAACAUGAUUCCCAGUUUGUGAUACCUACUAUCACCUUCCCAUCAUUCUCCAGUUGAGACAGAACUACUGUGAAUUUGUCUGAAUCAUUUCCUUGGAAUUUAUUUCCUUUACCUCACAUGUUCAUUUGACCUUUCAGUUUCAGUUUGAAGUCAAAGAAGAAAGUUAAGAAAAAAGAGAAAUGGUUGCAUUUGGAAUACAGUGUACAGUUGUCAUAUAAAUUAAUCAUAUUUAAAUGUAAAUUAUGGUACAAAAUGGUACAUAAUGUUGUAACCCAGCUGUGUCAGCAUGUGGUUAUUCAUGGGAGACAUUCAUCAGUGGAGAAACAACACGGUACACAGAUUUGACGAAAUGCACAUGGUCCGGUUCUCUUCAUGUGGAAAUCACUCAGAUCUCCCUUUUUAAGUUUAGAUAUCCUUUUGUGUGCUCUGUUGUGUUUUUCUGAGACAAACUUACUUAUUCAUUGAGACAAACAGUAUUGGUACAAUAGCAGUCACUUUUUGAAGGUUACAUUAUACAAAAGUUUUAACUUUGGCCCACAUCCUAUACUUUGUCACCUGUGUGAGUCUCACUUUUUUCUUAAUUUGUGGGAUUUACUCAUUUUUAAUGAGUUUCUUGGUACUAAAAGCUUGAUGUGUUGUCUGAUUUGUUGUCCUUGUUUUUAUGUAGUGAUUCAAAAUGCAUUGAAUCCAUUAGACUUGCUGAAACCACAUACAUCCUGUUAGAAGCAUAUGAACAUGUUUACAGUUGUGGUACUAACUUGACUUCACCUUGUACAUAAUAAUAGCCUUUAACCCUUUUUACUGUCCUCCUUGUCAACAUGGUCCAGUUAAGAUUGGGUUGAAAAUGUGUGACAAUAAGGAAAUGAAAGAAUUUGAUCUGGCACAGUAAAGGAGUGGAAGGCUUUUGUUUUUUGUUUUUGAUAAUUAGUUUACUGAUUAAAGUGUCAUUUCUCUUUUU